AGUUUCAUCUCGUCCAACUACCUGACUUUGUUGGUUGCCGCCUCGAAGUCGGUCAGUCAACUGUUACAGCAGACUGAUCGAGUCGAACAGGCGUGGAGCUCGGACGCGCGUCUGGUUCGGGAGUUUUCUGACUGGGCUCUGCCUGAAGUCCGUUGUCGUCUCGUAUGCCUGCGCCAGUGGAGUGGUACCCUGACCUCAUUGAAACGCGGCAUGCAUCAACUGUGCGAAUUUUUGCAUUGUCCAACGUCCAUUCAAUGUGCCACUCACGUGGCCUCUGUCCGACAAACCACCGAUAUGGGUGCCUCGGAACGGGAUUCCAGUGAUCCUGUACAUGAGCUUUCUUGCUGUCCUCUUCUGAUCAAUGGGAUCAAACGCGGGGAUCAUCAAUUAUAUCGAGAAUUUCUCAAAGGUUCAUGGCUCAUGCCACCUCUACCAGCUCCAUUAUUGUCUGGCAUUUCCGGUGCGGGAAUCUCACGAGCCACGGCUCCAUCCGAUCCGAACGAGUUGACGAACAAUUCGCACUGGGGUGGGCUGUCCAUGGCAUUGAUUCGUUUAGACCGAUUAGUUGAUCGUAUUCUGGUACAGGUCACGGAUAAUUUGGCCCCUAAGUCUGCAAACCCAGUCACAUCAUCGACUCCGAUUGGAACCAGGGUUGGUGUGGGGACUAAACCCGCGGGAACGACAGAAACCGGGGCAGUGAAAACCUCUGCUCCGGCGGCGGUUCCAUCACCUGAUCUUGUCAAACCUCCUGUGAAUACCCCGUCUGCUGCGCCAACAGUCGUGUCCCAAACAGCUGUGGAUAUCACACCAACCCCGUCACAUGCCAGCCGAAAAUUUGCUCCAGUUUCUUCUCACCCACCGGCUAUCUAUUCCACUCAGAUCCCUCGAAAGUCGUGUACACUUGCUCCCAGCCGCGACAAAUCCGAGACCAGACUGCUCCAAUGCCCGAAACUGCGCAGAACCACACAAUCUCUCUCACCGCUCAGUUUUGAUCAAACUGACGAUGCUUCUGAUCUGAACGAGUUGGAGUCGAAAUGGGAAAAAAAUUCAAAAUGUGCGGCCAAUCAACCGAUGCGUUUCACCAUUUUACGAUAUCGAUCCACAAGCACAACUGGCCGUAUAGUCAGCGCAAUUACCGACACACUUAUCCGUGUCAGAUGA